AUGGCGACGGACGAACACCGCAAGACAAUGCCGCUGGAGGUGCUCAGCUAUGAGCGCAUAUUGGCUGCAGACAGCGAUGAGAUACAGAAGAUGGUUCGUAUACUUUCCAAUGAAGGACUCUUCUUCCUGGAUAUGGCGGGUCCAACUUCGGAAGACUUUUUGGCAGAUUUGGCGCCAGUUUACCGCCACCAACGCAAUUUUUUCGAACGAACAGCGGAGGAAAAGAUGAAGUAUCAUUCCGGCAUAUACUACAAAGGAUUUUACACAUUUGACACAGGAGUUGAGAAAAUCCAUUUGGGACGCGAGGAAAAGGUUCAGAAUACGCUGGACUUGCCCACAGACUUGCACCCCGUCUCAGAAAAGGUCGCAAGCACAUCAGACUUCAUCGACAAUGUGCUGCGGGAGCUGGGAACAGCAGUGUGCAAGUCGAUGGAUCCGCCUGUCCCAGCAGCUCUGGAUGAUCCCGGGAAUCCCGGACUGAGCAACUUGUACUUGGCGAUAUCCAAGGUGAAACCUGGGUCUUUCAUCAUGCCUUCGCAUCUGGACGAUGGCUUUCUAACGCUGACCUUCUACGACGAGCCUUUUCUUGAGGUCUUGGAUCGCACAACUCAGGAGUGGAAGCUGGUUGAGGUCAAUAAGAACAUGCCGAUUGUAAACGCGGGAGAGGAAUUGCAGAGAAACUCCAACGACCGCCUGUACGCACCGCUGCAUCGGUGCUAUCAGGGGCCGAAUGAGAUUGAUCUUAUCAUGUUCGAUUUGUUUGAGUCUCCUCGAGCCAAGAUAUAG